GCUUUAUCUCGGAGGCUGCUGGUCAGCCUCGCAACUUAGGCUCUGGUCCCUGCCGGAACCUCUUAGGGAUAGCUGUAGACACAGCGCCGUUCACACCAUGAGUUGGGUCUCCACUGCGACACAACCUCUAGAGACACGUGGGUCCUCGGCGCCUCUUUAGGGCCGGGACUCGGGCUGCAGGCAGCUCCGCGGCGGCGAAACCAAACGUCCGGAACGGAUGGCCUCCUCCCAAGCAGCCUAGCUAAUGGGCGGCAGCUGAACAAUGUUCCUCGUUAAUACCUGCCUGUGAGCUUAAUCAUCACAGCCGUUCUCUCCGGUGGCAGGGACUCAGCCCUGAAAUCUGUAUAGGAAAAGCACCGGAUCCCAGUCUCUCAAUGGCUUCGAGACAAUCAGAAGUGCCCGGUAAACUGAAUUCCUUUCGCCCUCGAGCCCAGCGGGCCUCUAGGCAAGAUGUCCCUGCCCAUCGGGAUGCACCGCCGGGCAUUCAGCUACGAUGAUGCCCUGGAGGACCCCGCGCCCAUGACUCCUCCCCCGGCGGACAUGGGCAGCAUCCCCUGGAAGCCCGUGAUUCCAGAGCGCAAGUAUCAGCACCUGGCCAAGGUGGAGGAAGGAGAGGCCGGUGUCCCCUCCCCUGCCAUGACCCUGUCAUCGGCCAUUGACAGUACGGACAAGGUCCCCGUGGUGAAGGCUAAAGCCACCCAUGUCAUCAUGAACUCUCUGAUCACAAAACAGACCCAGGAGAGCAUUCAACGCUUCGAGCAGCAGGCGGGGCUGAGGGACGCCGGCUACACGCCCCACAAGGGCCUCACCGCCGAGGAGACCAAGUACCUGCGCGGGGCAGAGGCGCUCCACAAACUAAAGCUGCAGAGCGGGGAGGCAGCGCGAGGAGAGAAGCCGGUGUCGGCCCGGUCCACCCCCAGCAGCACGCCCCACUCGUCCCCUAAGCAGACGCCUAGGGGCUGGUUCUCUUCCGGCUCUUCCACAGCCCUGCCCGGCCCGCACCUCAGCGCCAUGGACCCUGGGGGCAGGGAUAAAGACAGAGCCUCGGCCGACAAGUGGAGCCUCUUUGGACCGAGACCCCCCCAGAAGUCUGACGCAGCGGGCCUGGCCGUGCAGCCCUACCGAGGAGCCCAGAAACCUUCCCCGAUGGAGCUGAUGCGUGCGCAGGCCACCCGGCUGGCUGAGGACCCGGUGGCCUGCAAGCCGCCCAAGAUGGACGUCCCGGCGGUCGAAGGGAAGAAGCCGCCGCCCCGCACCCACAAUCUCAAACCCCGGGACCUGAACGUGCUCACACCCACCGGCUUCUAGAGCUUUCGCUUCCAGCGACUCCGGACAGAGGGUGUCUCGCGCCCACUCCACUGUUACUCUGGCCCCGACAUAGGAAGCAUUUGGGUUUCUAGUUUUCUUCUUUUAAACCCCUGUACCUGAGGCUAGAACUAGAGGCACAACUGGUUUUUGGGAAACAGUAGUGUAAGGUCUGUCCUUGUGUGGAGAAAGCCAUCGUGUUGCUUUAGCGUCAAGUUAGACUAGGUAAUAAUCCCAGCAGCGGCGUGGGGGCCCCGCCGCCUGUGUCGGCGCCAUCUGGCCUGGACAAGGACCCGCCGGCGCGGCCCGGGCAGAUGGCGUUUGUGCUGCUCCGUCGCCACGGGCAGCUCAUGCACGGCCGGGCCCUGGCGGAGAGGCCCCGCCCCCUGGACGGCUGGUGCGGGUGCCCCCGCUCUGUCCGCGCAGGGACCCGGGGUCUGUCUGAGGUCGGGGCCCGGAGAAGGUCUGGGCUUGGCAGGGCCCCUCCUGCCUGGGGACGGCAGCCGUUGCGCUCAGCCAGCUCCUGCCGGUGGGGCCCCCGGGUCCGUUGCGCUGGGCGGUGCGUCUCCUUCGUGGCACUUCCGAGUGAGAUCAAGUCAGCUCCAGUCUGGUGGAAGAUGUUCUGUAAGGAGCAAACUCGGCCUCCCGUUUUGGUAGAAAUGGCUGUUCAGCUUUUUCCAGAGGGAAGGUGGUGGUGACUGUACAUCGAUUACAGCCUGGACACUCACGUGGAAUGAGUAUCAGCGGGGCCUGCGGCGGCUGCCGCCGCCAAGCGGCUUCCAGUGGAAGGAUGAAACACUUUCUGUAUUCGAUCAUUCCCCCCAAAGGAGCCCACACCUGUGCAAACGGCGGGCUUCCCGAGGAAAGGAGCUGGGGGCAGGGGGGCACCCACGCAUUUCCCUGCACUGAGCACCUGCUCGGUCGUUGUCCUGAGCACCUGGUCUCCAGCCCCUGCUGCCCCGGCGUCGGAGGGAGCGGGCUGCAUGGCCAGCUGCGCUGACCUUUCCAGAGAGAGGCCCCGGAGUCUCAGAUGACGAGAACAAUUAAUUUAUUUGUGUUCUGUUACACUCAGAUCUCUUGUUUCGACAAUAAAAAUCUGUACUGCUUUCUCAAA